AUGAAAUACUUUGUUGGCAUUUUCUUGCUCCUGUCCCUUCUCGAGGGCGCGAGAGCGAAGGAUUGGGCAGAGCACUGGUGCGAAAUCAAUGACUGCUCAGGGGUGAAGGCUUCAACCAAGGAGGCAGAGGCAGCGGAGGCAUUUGCUGUAGAAGUGAGAAUAGCAACGCGGCGGUACCAUGCUACAGGAGAGAUCCGAGCGAUCAAGUCAGAUGCCAUGCGCACCGCCUACUGGCAGUAUGAUGGACCUGUGCUUGAUCACCCUGCUUUCCCCGGUGUAGCGAACGAGCAUGCGGAGAGAGCCGAGAGGAGAAACGAAGCUGCUGCGAUAGCGAUGCGACGCAUGGUAAAGGAGAGGGAAGCGCUCGGUGCUGAUUUCCGCCCUGAAAAGGGAUUCCUCCCCAUGGAAUCUCCUGAGGCAAAAGCCUUGCAUGCUGUAGAGGAAGAGCACGCAGCAGUUGCUGUUGCCAAGGCAAGGUUCAAACACCUGGAGGAGGAGAUGAGGGUGCCAUGUCAGUACGACAUUGGACGAGAGAAGGGAACGCUGUCAAGGUUGACUACCUUCCCUUCGAACAUGCAAGGGUGUGCCGCAGGUUCCGUCUGGAAGGUCACAGAUGAUGGAGAGAAAUUCAACGACGCUGAAAAUCCCUUUCACCGGACUGUUUUCUGGUCAGCGUCAGUGUGGAAGAAGACGAAUGGGACCCACAGGGAGUGGUUUGAAGACAUAUAUCAGCUGCCAGAGGGCCACUUUGGACCGCAUUCUUGGAGGCAGAUCGAAGCGAAACGGAUUCUCCCUUACAAAGUGGCGGCGCCUCCUCCUUGUGCGCCGGGUUAUGGAGGAGCGGAAUGCAAGAGGGAGCCAGGCGCAGGAGCAGAUUAUGUGGACGAGGAAGAAACGCUUCCGCCAUGGGUCAACAAGAAGUCUGUGAAAGCUCUAACCCGAUACUGGAAGCGACACAUAAGGCGUAAUGCCGCCAUCUCAGGGAGCUCCACGGAACCCGAGAAGAUAGCUGGCGGUGCUAACACGUUCAACAAGAGGAAGAACAAAUCCAAGAAGACGUCAAGAAUAGGGGAGAAGGGCGACAAGGACGGGGGAAAAAGAGGAAUUGGUGCAGAGCAGGCGCCGGACCUUGAGGAGGAGAAGGGGAAGAAGACGAAUUCGGGUGGUGACAAGAAGGAGGAGAGUCAAAUCCCCUUGCUCAGCGGAGUGGAGAAGAUCGAUUGGGAUCUGAGCUCGGAUGGCGACGAGAGUAUGGAAGUGGUCGGGAAUGAGGAGGAUCGCUGGGUCCCGAAUCCUCAUGCGAGUGCUAGCGGCCCCUGGUAUGGAGGAUGGUGGGUGGGAAUCUACGGCAAGAACCUGGGCAAGGGGCACGGGGAUCUUGAAAAGGUCCUGAUUGGAGACGUUCGAUGCCGCAGAGAAGUUUGGCUCUCUCAGUCUUCAGUAGCCUGCAUGAUUCCCAAGGGGAUGGGGCUGGAGCAGACGGUCACUGUGAUGAUGAAGAACAAUCAGCAGGCUGAUCUGCCAGCAAAGUUCUCCUACGAGCCGCCAGAGAUCUUGUCGUAUCACCCGAGAAACGGAGCUGUGAGAGGAGGUCAGAUGGUGACGAUCAACGGAAAGAACUUCGGGCAUGUCGACACGUCCCCAGUCAUCUACCUUGCUGGCAGGAUCUGCAUCGAGUCCUUCUGGGUCAAGGACAGCCAGGUGCUCUGUCGCGCUCCUCCAGGCGCAGGAGGGCAUGCGUAUCUCCACACCGUCGACGUGCAGUUGCACGAUGCGGUGCACGUGCAAGACAUGCCGCGGAAGCUGAAGCAUGCGGCCAGGGCGGUGAAGGAUAAGAUCGCAGAGUCUGUCUCGCAGAAGCCUGACCUUGUGGUGGAGCUGAUCAACUCUGGUUCUUCCACGCAGACAUCGGCUACUUCGACUGACGUCUCAGUCGUCGUGGGGGAUAGCGCGAUUGCGGAAGUGCUAGGGCCGAGGAGAAAGGUGAGCUCAUUGACACGUGAAGAAAGGUUGCAAGCGGAGGAACUUGCCAAGAGAAAGAGAGAAUGGAACAACAAGGCAACGGAUUUGAUGCAGAAACGAGCCCAAGACGCUUCUAAAGAAGAAAGUUCGGCGACAGCUGACUUGAUUGGAUACAUCGAGACCAGUGUCGAGAAGGACGUGCAGGAGUGGGAAAAGCAGAAGAAGGUGAAAGAAGAGAAGAUCCGGAAGAAACUUGAGAAACAAGAGGCUCUUGAGAAGCAACGGCAAGAGGAGGAGAAGAUCCUUCAAGAGAAACUGCUUGUUGCUAGGAGAGAGCAGGAGAAAGCUCAGACAAAGGUUCAAAAAUCCCUCAACAAAUUCCAGGAGGCUCAGCGACGAGCCAAGAUGAAGAAAUUCGAGACCUCCGCGAAAUCAGCCUUGGACAGCAACGAGCAAGGAAGGGCAGAGGAUGUUCUCAAGAUCGCAGCUGAUUUGGACCUGCCUUCGUCUCAUGACCUCGUGAAGCCUCUGCUGGAGAAAGCAGGCAAGAGGGAGGAGGAGUGGGAGAGUGAAAGAACAAGGGAGGGCACUGGUGCUGCCCCUUCUUCAGCCGCAGCAGAAGCAAAGGAGGAGGAGCGGAAGGAGAAGACUCGAACUCCUCUGGAAGACAAGGGGCUGAAGCAGGAAAGCGGGGGGGCACAAGAAUGCGCAGCCAAGACAGAGGAUGAAGACGCACUUCCUGACCUCGACUUGUAUGCGGAGGAUGAGGAAGCACGCAAGAAGAAAGUUAGCAAGAGAAAGAAGAGGAAAACAAAGAGCCGUCGCCCGAGACUCUGGUCUGCCGGCAUCGCGGUCAACCUUUCUAGUAGCGCUAUGGCGCGAAGGGAGUCGGACCUCCAAGUCGCUGAGAGGUUCUAUCAACGUGAAGUUUCCCUCAACCCACAAAGUGCCGACGCAUGGCACGGACUGUCAGUAGUUCUCCGGCGGAUGGAGGACAUAGACGGUGCUGUGUUGGCCAUGCACGGAGCCGUCCUGAUCGACCCAUCAGCGACUCUUGUGAGGGAGUUGGGACUGCUGCUGCGGUUGCAAAGCAGGGAGCAGGAGGGGAUAACGGCGCUGGAGCGAUCGAUCACGCUAGGAGCAAUCUCUUCGACAACGUUGCUCUUGAUCGGAAGGUUCAGACACGCUUCGGGUGACUUGGAGUCUGCGAUCAGGACCAUCAGACUCUCCAUGAGGACCAUGGACGUCGCCCUUCGUGGAGGGCACGCGGCAGCCCUGGCGAUGGUCUUGCUGGAUGCAGGCGACCUUGUUGGUGCACGAGAUGCUUUCCAUGCAGCGUCCUCUGAGCGACUUCUUGUGCGGGUGGGUGAGAGGACGUGGACCAAUCCCUUCAUGGGCAAUCAGAGUGAGAGGGAGGAAGCUGCGAACCUGCUGCACCAAGAGCUUUCCUUGCUGCAGUACCCUGACAGGCAUCGAUGUUCCAGCUUGCCACAGCUUGUCUACGUCCUGUCGGGAGCCAAAGACGGAGUUGGGUUGGGAUGUGAAUUCCAUGGUAUGGUGCUUGCUCUGGCUGAAGCCUACAGGAAGAACAGAACCCUAGUGCUGUCGCCAUCGCCAUGGUGGCUGGCAGGAACAAGGGAACAAACCGACUCGUGGCCCUGUGAAGACUCUGCUCGACUUGACACCAGUGACUAUGAGGAGUUCACACCAGGGAGACAGGAGUACUCGCCUGCGUCCAAGUUCUGGAUUCCUUCAAAGUUUCAGUCCCAUGGACUUCUCUGGUGGAGAUCAAUGCUGUCAAGGUUCCUCUUCAGGCCACAAGAGUCUCUCCAACAUCCUCCCCUUCCCAACAACCUUGGACAUAUCGGCAUUCACAUCAGGAAAGGAGACAAGGUCUCCGAGGUGCCUGUGCAGCCAAUCGGCUCUUACGUGCAGGCUACGUUGCAAGUUCUGCAAACCUUGGAGUUCUCCCAGCACAUGCGCGAGGUAGCGGAUGUUGAAAUCCUUGCCGAUGAUCUGCCGCAAGCUCCCAACUUGCCAACAGGGAGGAGCGGAAAGCUCGCCAUCGACUUCCCUGAGACGCGGGUUGCUGACAUGACCCGGAAAGCCGUUCGAGACGUUUGGCUCCUAUCGCAUAGCAAGGCGCUCGUGCUGACCAUGACCUCUAACUUCGGGCGACUGGCCUAUGAACUUGCGUUUGCGCUCAGAGGAGGAUGCCCCCCCCUUACAGUCACCCUUGACGUCUUGUGGCAUGACCCGCACUAG